UAGUUAUUAGGUGCUUACCUAUCCUGGCCAGGUGCUAUUCGUUUUACAUAAGCUUCGUUAGCGCUGCUAAAUGAAUAGUUAAGGACACUCACCAACGGGCAAGCUGUAUCUACGCAACCGCAGGAUCCCCCAGCUUUCGCUCUUGGAGCGGGCUUCCCUAUCUCUUCAGGAGCUUGAGCGGGGCGAAGAUAUUCUGCGGAGGGAAAGGUUGCCAAUGGCUAUAAUUACAGUCAUCGACAGGGACAAAGAUGUUGAGGCAACAGAGCAAACCCUCUCGGCAACAAGGCCACGGCGAGGCCCUGUUGCACGCUUUUUGGGGUCUUCGCUCUUGUAUGACAGCCUUGCCGCACUCGCGUGCCUUGUCCUUGCCUUGGCUUUGGAGAAGGCGAAGCCUAGGUCCGCAUAUGUUCUGAAGGAAACAUUGUACUGGCACAGUUUUCCUCGAAAGGACAACUCUGUUCCCAGCUGGAGCGUGCCCGUUUACGCGCUGCUCGGACCUCUGGCGCUCUUCAUUGUCUACCACUUCUUGCGCCGGCGACCUUCGUGGCAUCGUGAGUUGGCGCGGCUUGUGGCCGCGUUGUGCUUGGCCUUCUUCCUAACCGGCGCCAUCACCAACUGCCUGAAGCUGCCCGUGGGCCGCCUCCGACCCAACUUCGUGCGCACCUGCUGGCCCAACGGCACCAUGGUGUUUGACCAUGAAGACCAGUGGGGCGGCUACGCGAGGUGCGACACCCACGUGAGCGAGGCCGACCGCGAGGAGAUCCGCAAGAGCUGGCCCAGCGGCCACAGCUCCCUCAGCGCCGCCGGCCUGGGCUUCACCACCUUUUACUUCCUGGGCCAGCUGCGGCCCUUCUCGCACUCCGCCUGCGCCGGGCGGCUGUGGCGCUUCCUGCUCCCGCUGCUGCCCAGCUUCGGAGCGGUGGCGGUGGCGGUGACACGCGUGCUCGACUACUGGCACUUCACCUCGGAUGUGCUCACAGGUCUGGCCAUCGGCUUCCUGACGGCCUUCUUCGUGUACCGGCUGCUGUACCCGCCGCUGACGCACCCGCUCAGCCAGCUGCCCUGGGAGCUGUUGCAGGAGCGGGAGGGCGGCCGGGAGCGGCAGGGGGACGCGUGGCGCGAGGUGGAGUGUGACCAGGCGGUGGCGCCGCAUAUCCGAUAGGGACAGGAGGGGAGGGGCGUGCAGGGCCGUGGAUGGCGGCGAAGGAGAGGGCUGAUAAACAUCUCGUGAGCGGUGUUGCAGGAGUGGUGAAGGGCGGGAGAUACAAUUGGACCUUUGGAAGGGGCCUGCACGUUCCGCACGUUCUAGCAGGCUUGGUUCAGUUGAUGUGCAUGGUCGGGCGUUAUGGGGCGGGAUGGUAGCCAGGUGGGUGCCACCAGCGGCAUAGAGUGCCAGGGGAUAGCCGUGUUGCGCUGUUCGGCGAGCGGUGGAGUGAGCAUGCAGGAGGGGAUGCAGGAGGGGGUCUGCCGUGUGCGUGUGCCCGGGGUUUCGCACGGGUGGUGCCCCUGGGCAGGGGACACAGGGCGUCAGUCUCCGUUCGCUGUGAUGUGCUGUGAGGUCCGCAGCCCUGCCGUGCGCCGCUUGGUUCACGCUGUGUGCUAACCUUGCUCGACGUAACCUGGUGCGGUUAUAAAGAAACGAGCGAUAGUGCUGUUUGCAUGCCCCAAUCUACCUGCUUUGCUGUUUGCGUCCACCAGAUUUGGUUCAUACUCGUGACGGAGGUAGGGGGUGCAUUUCGCGCGCUAUGUAUGUAGCCCCAAGGCCCCAGCCCCCCUUGCUGCUGGGCUGCUGCGGGCGGUGUGGGCACGAUGAUGGCGUGGGCGAGCUGGAGGAGCGCUGUGGACGGACGGGCGCAGGCGUUUGGAACGCUGUGUGGGGGAGUAU